CUCGACAGCAUAACAAAUAUACACGACAACUAUAUUCUGUGUUUGAAGGAUGUGGGUGGGUGUGGGUGUGGAUGGGUGUGUGGGUGUGGAUGUGAGUGUGGGGUCAGGGUGUGGGUGUGGAUGGGGUGUGGGAAUUUUUCUUUUCUUAAUCUACACCCACACCCACAUCGACACCCUUAAUUUAGACAUACUAAUGGUGCAAUUAUUGCUCGAGCAAGUCAACCCGAAGUUGGUUGGCUAUUUCAACGUUCAAAAGAAGAUGAAAACAUGAUUCAAGCUAUUAUUAAUGCAUGUAAUCAUACAUUAACAAAAAAUUCUAUUCAUGAUGAAACAAAGUCAAGUCGUUUAUUAAUUCUUCAUGCAGGAAGUUAUGAUACUUGUAUUGAAAAUUCUGCUAAAUAUUAUACAAACUGUGAUAUACAAUUUAUGAAUUUACCUGAUAUUCAUGCUAUAAAUAGAAGUGCACAAAUGUUACGUAGAGCUAAUGCAGUACAAUGUGAUAAUUGGCUUUCACAAGUAACAUCAACACGAUGGUUACAGAACUUAUCAGCAUUAAUUACUGCUGCAUCAUGUGUUGUUGCUAAUGUUAAUAAAGAUAAUCGACCAGUACUUGUACAUUGUUCAAAUGGUCGAGAUCAUACACCACAAAUAAUCACAUUAGCUGAAAUAAUGCUUGAUUCAUAUUAUCGAACAAUAAAUGGUUUUCAAAUAUUAGUGGAACGUGAAUGGAUUCAAUUUGGACAUGAAUUUGGUGAUCGUUGUGGCCAUGGUGUUGAUGCAAAUGAUCCAAAUGAACGUAGUCCUAUUUUUCUUCAAUGGUUAGAUUGUAUUUAUCAAUUAAUCAUGGAAAAUCAAACUGCAUUUCAGUUUAAUGAAAUAUUUCUUGUUCUUUAUCCAUCAUGUUCUAGUCGUAAUUUACGUAUUUGGUCAGAUUUAUAUUUAUAUGAUACACGAUAUAUGCCGACUGAUUCAUAUCAUCACCCAUCAUCAUUAAGUACAUAUGGCAGUGAUAAUAAUAAUAAUAAUAAUAAUAAAUUAACCAAUUCUACUCAAUCAAAUCGUUCAUCAAAUUUUUUAUUACGAAUAAUGUAA